AUGGUUAGCGGAGUCAGAGACUGUCCCGAUUGCAGGCCGGGUCAACCUGGUGGACGAUGUCCUAAGCAUAAAAAGGAAUACAACCCCAGCAGCAAGAGACGCAAGAGAGACAGAGAGGCGAGAGAAGUCGCGCACACGAUCGCCGAAGAACGCGACGACGCCAACACUUCUCGUACCGGACAGAACAUCACUCUAAAGACCACAACUUUGAACGACAAAUCUACCGUCGAACGUCAGUUUCAAAAAGACAUUGCGGAAAAGAUCAAGAAGGACAAGGCUCUCCGAGACCGCGGCAAUGAUCUCUCCGAGGCAGCUGGCGGCUAUUCAAAUGUCAAGCACCUUGACGCAGGCGACAUCAACGCCAUCGUGGCUUGUAUCCUGAAUUCUUCAGAUAUCAAGCUCCAGAUUACCAUGAACCCCCCUGUCUCGGAGUCCGCAGACGUUACCACCAAAGAGGUCGCUUCUUCAACCACUCGACGCUCGGAGUCAAACGCGUCCACCAACCCUUCAGACGCCAAAUCUGGCAAUUACAGUCCAAGCUGGCCAUCCUUUGGUUCCGACGAAGACUGUUCUGAUUCAGACUUCGGCGAUGACCCGGAAGAUGGAGAUAGCGGUUCAGAGGUCAAGAUUGUCGACACGAGUGGAAAUGAUGGUCAGGGCACGUCCGAGAACCCUUUUGAUGUCGACGAUCAACCUGGCGGCCUUUCGACAGCUCAACAGAAGGCUCUCGAAAAGCGAGAGCAGGAGCUGAACAAGGGUAUCAUCGAACUGUUUUCAUAUGUUGGUUCGAGCUCCGCACUUGGGGUGUUUGCGGAAUCACUUUUGGACGUCGAAGAGAAGUUCCGCGCUCAGGCGGCCACGGAGCAGAAAUCAAUAACCCAGACGAGCAUGCUUCACGACAUACUCACCCGCGAGAUCUUCCUUUACGAUAUCUUGGCACUACAGCCAUCUUCCCCUCUAGUGAAGGGCAAUCCUUCCUGGCUGAACGAUGAUCUGAUCGAGAACAUGGUCAAUCUGUUCGCCGAGCGUGAAGGCCUUCUGGAUGGCGCCGAGUACCUCAACCCGGGACUGACUAGCCUUGUCCUGCCCUCUCUCAAGACAUCCGACGUCUUAGCGCAGCUCCAUGCAUACCUCUCGAACGAUGAAGAGGCGGCAAAGCUUUUCCCCCUCGGGGAGACGACUACCCUUGUUGUAUCUGUGCUUGGUUUUCCAGGGCAUUGGACCACGUUUUCGAUUGAUCAGCCAUCGGGAGUCGUCACUUUCGUCGAUAGUCUUCCCGACGAAUAUCGUAGAACUCAUGCUUCCAAAGUCCUAGUUCUCCCUACACCUACCAAGCAGGCAAACUUGGAUGAUUGCGGCGUCUUUGCUUCUGUCAAUGCUGUAGCCCUUCUAGUUGGCCAAGAAUUGCCUUCAAAACAAGGCUCGGAACAAGCCCGCAUUCUUGCCAUAGACUACAGAUGGAAAUAUCUUGAGGCCAUCCGAGGUCUUUUACUGGGCGUCGAAGGAUCUCACAACCGCCUCGAUGAUGUCCUCGAAGGACGAGGUUUUGUUGUUCCAAAUGCCGUCGCCAAAGCCAUCGUGGAGCGAGCCCAGGCUCGCAUCAAGUCUCUUAACAAUGCGACUCGCAAGGAGGCGCCCGAGAACACCAAGAAGAAGGCUCGCAAGAAGAAUGAGACGUCCAAGGCUGGUAUUCAACAUCUUGGUCAGAUGAUCAAUGACAGGCGACUCAGCAAGCGACAGAAGAAGACCAUCUCGCCUACCACAUUCCUACCCUCUUGCGUCAGCGGCGUCCGAGACCUGAUAUUCAGACUUUUGUCAGCUCCCGAAAACGCCGCAGGUAUGACUGUUGAAGACAUGGAAGCCCCUAUUAGUGCAAUGAUUCAACGUGAAAAUUUCGCUGUACCUGAAACUUGGAACAUUCUAAGACUUCUGCGAGUAAUGCUCGAUCGACAAAGCCACCAUUUCCAGCAAGUCGACAACGGAACUGCUAAAUGGGUUGUCACAACAAUUCCUGCUCGCGAGUUGAGUGGAAGAUAUCUCAAUGAGCUGCGAGCCAAGAGGUGCAGCCCAACUCCUAGCCCACUUGAGCAUCCUGCAAUGCUUCACAUCUUCGUCUGUCGAUGGAGUGAUUAUUUAAGCACACAUCAGCUUGGAAAGAUGGACUCGUCAUUCGAAGCAAGUAUCAAGACAAACAAUGCCCUAUUCGGAGCUCAAAAGCAACAACCCGAAACAAAGCCUUAUACUCAAGGAAGCCUCGAUUACCCUAUGCAUAUCAAAUGCGCAUUGCCUCAUGUGCAAGCCACCAAUCACCUCCGUGAGAUGCUUGACAAGAACCAGGACUGCGUCGCGGCUCUUCAAGAACUAUCAGAUUAUGCUCAGAAGACUAAUCAAGACGAUCCGACCUUCCAAGGUCAAUUUACUUAUCGUAUCAUUAUCUCAGGACUCGAUGGUGGAUCUGUCAAUAAUGACAGCUGGGAAGACAUGACUAAAGCCUACCCUCACCUGCGCGGGCAGCUUCUGAUCUGCAAUGACAGAGGCAUCGCUGAUCCUUCCGACCCGGUCAUAGUCCAGAAACCGAUGUUAGACUGGGCCACUCCUGCAUGUCUAUUAUCGAAAGCUCAGAGAAAGAAGGACAUCCACAGCCAUGUCGUGUGGGGCAUGUUCGAUGUGGCGAUGCUGGCUGGAGAGUGGACAAGAGAGGACUGGGCGCCGGCUCCACGUGUUGCAGGUCCUCGUCACGCUAAGAUAGAGCAUGAUCAGCAACUUGUGGCAUGCAGGAAGCUUCUCCUCUCGAACAGUCUCAUGUUUUAUCACAGGGUUGAUGUUUCCAUUGCGCAUGCCCGCGUCACAUCAGAGUAUGCGGAUCCUGUAUCAAUCAGAGCUCAAACUAGCAGUGGAAAUCUUGGUGCUGGCCAAAAACAAUCCGUCGUCGAUCGAUGUGUCCCCGAUCAGGAACCAUUUGCUCGAGUGUGUCGAUGGGGCAGCUCCCACGAGCCUAUCCAUACAUGGGCACUGAGUGACAAGCCACCACAAGAUGACGAAUCGCUUCUCGGCUUCUACUGCGACAGGUCUGGAUGCUACGUGCUUGAGAUUGAAGAAUGCAAGCAACCCCAGCAAGCAACCCCAGCAUCCCCCUUUGAUUUUUUGCGCUCGCUAGUGUAA